AUGGGUUGUACCAUUCAAUGGCUGCCGGUUGUUGUCAUUGUCUUCACUGUAGGCCAAAGUCAAUCUAACCCCAUCGAAUUGCUAGCGAGAAGUGAAAUUGAUUUAGGAUUUCCGCCCACAACUGAGACGCCAUCACAAGCCCCAACUACAGAUCCAACAACUCAAAACCCCACAACAGAGUCGCCAUCACAGGCUCCUACUACUGAGACACCAACGCAGCCUUCAACUACGGAUCCCGUCGCCAACACAGGAUCCAACUACCGAGACACCAACGCAGCCUUCAACUACGGAUCCUCAACCACGGCUCCAACAACUCAAGACUCCACAACAGCGUUGCCAACACAGGAUCCAACUACCGAGACACCAACGCAGCCUUCAACUACGGAUCCAUCUACUACACCAUCAACCACGGCUCCAACAACUCAAGACCCCACAACAGCGUCGCCAACACAGGAUCCAACUACCGAGACACCAACGCAGCCUUCAACUAUGGAUCCAUCUACUACACCUUCGACUAAUGAUCCAACCACGCAAAACCCCACAACAGAUUCGCCUUCACAGGCUCCUACUACUGAGACAUCAACGCAGCCUUCAACUACGGAUCCAACAACUCAAGACCCCACAACAGCGUCGCCAACACAGGAUCCAACUACCGGGACACCAACGCAGCCUUCAACUACGGACCCAUCUACUACACCAUCAACCACGGCUCCAACAACUCAAGACCCCACAACAGAAUCGCCAACACAGGCUCCUACUACUGAGACACCAAAGCAGUCUUCAACUGCGGAUCCAUCUGCUACACCAUCAACCACGGCUCCAACAACUCAAGACCCCACAACAGCGUCGCCAACACAGGAUCCAACUACCGUGACACCAACGCAGCCUUCAACUACGGAUCCAUCUACUACACCUUCAACCACGGAUCUAACAACUCAAAACCCAACAACAGAAUCGCCAACACAGGCUCCUACUACUAAAACACCAACGCAGUCUUCAACUGCGGAUCCAUCUACUACACCCUCAACUAUAGAUCCAACAACUCAAGACCCCACAACAGAGUCGCCAACACAGGAUCCAACUACCGAGACACCAACGCAGCCUUCAACUACGGAUCCAUCUACUACACCUUCAACCACGGAUCCAACAACUCAAAACCCAACAACAGAAUCGCCAACACUGGCUCCUACUACUGAGACACCAACGCAGUCUUCAACUGCGGAUCCAUCUACUACACCUUCAGCUACAGAACCAACAACUCAAGACCCCACAACAGAAUCGCCCACACAGGAUCCAACUACUGAGACACCAACGCAACCAUCAACUACGGAUCCAUCUACUACACCUUCAACUACGGAUCCCACCACUCAAGACCCCACAACAGAAUCGCGAACACAGGAUCCAACUACUGAGGCACCAACGCAACCUUCAACUGCAGAUCCAUCUACUACACCUUCAACCACGGAUCCAACAACUGAAGAUCCAACAACAGAAUCGCCAACACAGGAUCCUUUUACCGAGACACCUACGCAGUCUUCAACUGCAAAUGCAUCUACUACACCGUCAACUACAGAUCCAACAACCCAAGACCCCACAACAGAGUCGCCAACACAGGAUCCCGCUACUGAGGCACCAACGCAGUCUUCGAGUACGGAUCCAUCUACUACACCUUCAACCACGGAUCCAACAACUCAAACCCCAACAACAGAAUCGCCAACACAGGCUCCUACUACUGAGACACCAACGCAGUCUUCAGCUGCGAAUCCAUCUACUACACCGUCAACUACAGAUCCAACAACCCAAGACCCCACAACAGCGUCGCCAACACAGGAUCCAACUACCGAGACACCAACGCAGCCUUCAACCACGGAUCCAUCAUCGAGCACGUCAGCCACUUCCUUUAUAAUAACAAAUCCCAUAAUAGAUAUGUUGGUAGCCACUACUACCACGAAGCCGACCACCACUACCAUUGCUUCAACCACAACUUCCAUGCAACCAACUACUGUUACCACAGUUAGCCCAGUUCCACCAUUACCGCCUGUAGCCCCGUGUAUGCCUGCCUGCAAUUGCUUCUCUCCGUGUGGUUCAUUCUGCCAAUUCCACCAGUUUCCUCCCGUUAUGCCUUUUUAUCCUUCAUUUCCGUUCCCCAACCAAUGUAAUCCUUGCGGUAUGAACACGCAACAGAUUUCUGCAGGUCUAACGCCAGCGCUGCAAUUACAGUUAGCCUCAUCAGCAUCCACAGCUAUGCUGGCUCAGGCCUUAUUUCAACAAAUGGUAUCCGCACAACAGGCCUUUCCAUUUCAAUCUUCACCAUCCCAGUCGUCGUCUGGGCAGCUUGUGCCAAUAUCGCCAUCCAAUCUUAAUUCUCUAAUUCCCGGGUUGUCAUAGAUUUUAGAUUUUUUUACACAUAACUUGUUAUUAUUUAACAGUAUUAGGUAGAGCUAGAUCUAGUUAGCGUUUAAGUAGAAGGAUUAUAAAAUAUAAAAUAAGAAAUUUUUAAGAUAAA